AUGGCCCUGGGUGUCCCAAAAGAGACCUCUGACAAGGCAUUGGAGGAAGCCGAGGACGCGGUGGCGCCCCUAGUUGCUGCAGCAGUAGGCAUCAUCAACGACAGGCUGCUUCUGACCGAUGAGUACCCAGACGAGGACGAUGUGGCCGUCGGUCCUCCGGCGUCCCCAUGA